AUGGUUCAUCUCGCAUCUGCUGUGGCCAUCGGCCUGACUGGUCUGACUGCCAUUGUGUCCGCUCACCCAGGACAUGAUGUCAGGGCUGAAGCUGCCGAGCGAGCUGCAUUCUUGCAGAGCGCCCCUGUUCACUCGCGCAGUCUUGCGCAAUGUGCCUCUCAUCUUCAGCGUCGAGGACAUCACAGCCGAAACGUUGCCCGUCGCCACAUGGCCGUGAAGAACAUACGUCGCCGUCUUGGUCUUGAGUCUACCACCCACUAUCUCAAGGCGCGUAGUGCCGAUAGCGGCCUUGAUAUUUCGCAUCACUCCAACCUCACGGGUGUGGAUUACUCUACUGACCCCGAUGUGUUGUUUGGCACCGAUGCGACCUGCAUCCUCGGACCUGAUGUCACCCAAGGACCUUACUACGUCACGGGUGAACUGGUUCGUGAAAACAUCGCAGAGUCCCAGGAUGGUGUUCCUCUCUACAUGGACAUCCAGUUGAUCAACACCAACACCUGCGAACCCAUUCCGGAGAUCUACAUGGAUGCGUGGCACUGCAACUCCACCGUAAGUAAACUUUCUACUCCAAGUAUUACUGUAUCACAGUAUGAACAGUUCCACUCACGUCGAUCAUCACAGGGUGUCUAUUCUGGAAUCGUCGCUCAUGGAAACGGCAACUCUGACGAUGAUACUAACCUCAACACGACCUUCCACCGGGGUGUCCAGAAGAGUAAUGGAGAUGGUGUUGUCCAGUUCCAGACAACCUUCCCAGGCCAUUACACUGGCCGGGCAACUCACAUCCACGUCCUCACCCACCCAGCCAACGAGACCCAAGUUCUCGCAAACGGAACCAUCACCGGUCUAUAUACCACGCACUCGUCGCACGUUGGGCAGAUUUUCUUUGACCAGGAUCUCAUUUCCGCCGUUGAGGAGGUCGCCCCAUACACCACCAACACACAGGUUUUGAUGACCAACGCCGACGACGGCAUUCUCGGCGAAGAGCUCGCUACCAUUGACCCAUUCAUGGAAUACGUCUAUCUGGGCGAUGAUGUCUCCGAUGGAAUCUUCGCUUGGAUCUCGGUUGGUAUCGACCCUACAAAGGACACAACUGUCACCCCUGCGGCUUAUUACACCGAAGAGGGUGGCGUUGAGAAUGAGAACGCUGGUGGUCCUGGCGGUGGUCCUGGCGGUGGUCCUGGCGGUGGCCCCGGCGGUGGCCCCCCACCCCCGGGCAGUCGCCCAACUACCUCGGCCACGCCCCUGGCUAAAUGA